GCUCUUCCCACCCAAGGCCAAGUGUGACGACUCCACGCAAGACAUCAAGGCGGACCAGGAUUGGUAGGAGCAGAAGUCCAGACACCUAGCUUAAAUGGAGUCAGAAAGAACCACUACUCAAGGCAUACAAGAAAGAAACUUAAUAAGAGUGUGAGCAGCUGCAUAUUACACACAGCCUUGGAGAAAGGAGCCCCUCAAUGGAACAUGGUGGAACUUUGAGUGAGUGCAAAAGUAGAGACAUGAGCUUAAGGACUUGAUUUAUGAGAUCUGACAUCAACCUAAACCACACAGCAUGGAACCUUAGAUGAAGAUCAGAAGAAGCCUUUCCAAAGCACUUUCACAAUUAUAAUUCAACAAUCAACUGUUUAGAUUUGAUUUUCCCAGUAAAAUAUAAACUCUGGGAAGACAAGAACUUUGCCUGCCUCCUUCGCUUUGAUCACUUCAUCACCUAAACAAAGCGUACAGACUUCUAUUUGGUAGGUUAUUAAUUAAUUAAUAAUCAAUAUUUGACAAACUUUGGGUUCACAUGGUAAAAGUCAAUACCAUAGCCCCUCAUCAGUCCUCUACAGUUGGUUGUAAAUAAUUGUGCUUAUAUUACUGACAGAGUAAACAUUAUAGAAUUAUCACUCCAGAAUCCUUUGUUUCUAUGGUUUCCAGAUGUUUCCAGUGUCUAGAUGUUCCAGCUGCCCAUCUCUGAGAAAUCCAGCUCUGUCUCACCAUGGAUACCACAGCCUGUAGUGAAUCAGUGGAUGGCUCACCCAUCUUCUAUCCGGUGGGCAUCCCCUCUCUGCCAGAGACCUUCUUCCUCCCUGUGUUUUUAAUUUUCCUCCUCUUCUACCUUCUCAUCCUGAUGGGUAAUGCCCUGGUUCUGGUGGCCGUGGUGGCAGAGCCUCCACAAGCCCUGUACUUCUUUCUGAUCAAUCUCUCCACCUUGGACAUCCUUUUCACCACAACAACUGUCCCCAGGAUGCUGUCUCUAUUCUUGCUUGGGGACCGCUCCCUCAGCUUUUCUUCCUGCUUACUGCAGAUGUACCUCUUCCAAAGUUUUACAUGUUCAGAAGCCUUCAUCCUGGUGGUCAUGGCCUAUGACCGCUAUGUGGCUAUCUGUCACCCACUGCACUACCCUGUCCUCAUGAACCCACAGACCAGUGCUACCUUGGCAGCCAGUGCCUGGCUUACUGCCCUCCUCCUGCCCAUCCCAGCAGUAGUAAGGACCUCCCAGAUGACAUACAACAGGAUUGCCUACAUCUACCACUGCUUCUGUGAUCAUCUGGCUGUGGUCCAGGCCUCCUGCUCUGACACCACCCUCCAGACCCACAUGGGCUUCUGCAUCGCCAUGGUGGCGUCCUUCCUCCCCCUUCUCCUGGUGCUUCUCUCCUAUGCCCACAUCCUGGCCUCGGUGCUUCGUAUCAGUUCCCAAGAAGGACGGGCAAAAGCCUUCUCCACCUGCAGCUCCCACCUCCUGGUGGUGGGCACCUACUACUCAUCUAUUGCCAUAGCCUACGUGGCUUACGGGGUUGACCUGUCCCUUGACUUCCACGUCAUGGGCAAUGUGAUAUAUGCCAUUCUCACACCAAUUCUCAACCUUCUCAUUUACACUCUGAGAAACAGGGAUGUAAAGGCAGCCAUCACCAAAAUCACAUCUCAAGACCUAAGCUGUGACAGGAGCAUUUGACCUUUAAAUGCAGCUAAUUCUGCUUCCAGGACACCAAAUAACAGUGCUUAGCACAGAG